AUGAGCAAUGCUGUCACAAGUAUUAGAGACAGUGCAAAGUAUGUGAAGAGCUCACAAGGACGUAAGCAAAGCUUCGAGAAGAUGAUUAAAGAAGUGGGGAUAUCUUGUGAUAAACGACCGCCACUUGAUGUUCCGACGCGGUGGAAUUCCACUUAUCACAUGCUCAAGUGUGCUUUGGAAUAUGAGAGUGCAUUUGAAGCUCUAACCCGUGAGGACAGUCAGUAUGUGCAUGAGCCUUUAGUUGAGGAAUGGAAGAUGGCCAAAAAGCUUUGUGACAUCUUGAAGACAUUUUGUGAUGCUACUGAAGUACUCUCGGGUUCCAACUAUCCUACUGCAAGCUGUAUUUUUGAUCAGUUUUGGGAGGUCAAGCUAUUGUUGGAAAAGGAGUCCUCAAAUGCAGAUGUUAUGAUUGCAGCCAUGAUACAUAAGAUGAAAGAAAAACUUCAGAAAUACUGGGAUAUAUGCUUCUUGCAAAUAUGUGUUCCAGUCAUCUUGGACCCUAGAUUUAAGUUGGGAUUUCUUAAGUUUCGUCUAAGCAAAUGUUUUGGUGAAACAUCACAAUACUUCCCUAUAGUUGAGAGGACAUUUCGAGAUCUCUUCGAUGAAUAUAACUCACAAUCAAGUGACUGUACUCAAGAUCAUGCAAAUUCGGUUGGUAGUGUUGAAACCAAUGUUGAUAGAAGCAACCCUUGGGCAGAUUGGAGCUUACACCAGAACUUGAGCCAAAUGAGAAGGAUUGCAGCUAGGUGA